AUGCCGCUGCCUGCUCCCUUGCGGAGCCUACUGGAAGCGCCGAGAUAUGCUGUGAACCUAUCUGUACACAGGAGUGGCCUUCUCCCCGCAGGAGUUACGGGUAUACCUCGACCUCCGCCACGACUCCCGCUCCUGCAGGCCCUGUUUGAUCAAAUUGUCGCGGAUGCCGCGAGUCGGAACGUUGCCUGGGGCGAGUGGCUCACUAUAUCGACGGCGACUUUGUUUGCCCUUAACGCACCCGGCACACUAAAGGCUAUGUUUCGAUAUGCUGUGCGUGAUGACGGUACUCUCCGUUCACUCCCAGAACGCGUGGACCGCGCGUGUUUAAUGCGGGAGGCAGGGCUCAAGUGUCUAGGACUCAUUGGCACACCCAAAACUAUCAACAACCUUGCUGCGCUACGCGCAGAGGUGGAUGCCGAUGAGGAGCUCUCUGCGGCCAUGCCAACAGCGGCGCGGCGGUACGUGGUGAUGCCUGACGCCAGCGAUAUUCGCCCUGAGAUGUGGGAGCGAGUCACACAGGCGGGCAACCAGCUGUGGGAUGACAUCUAUGCGAAGCAGUCACAAAAGUUACGCCACAUUCUCGCUCAUUCGCACCCGGACCUGGGCCUCUACAUCAUUCAGAAUGAGUAUGGCCCGCUGUUCGCCCCUCCUCCGGCCUACCACGAUGGUAUGGCGGAACCUGCGUGGGAGAUCCAUCGCUUACGUAUGAGUCUCGUGGCCAUCGCCUCUUUGCAUGCGCAGGGCGGCGUGGCCCCUCAAGUCACGAGCCACAUAUACGGCUUGCUGCGGGCCAAGGACCACAUCGCUCACGUGCAGGGCCUGGAGCGCCAAGGGCUCGACUUCCUCACGACGGAAGCCGGCGCUCAGUGGGUAGUCGAACUGGUCAACGAGGUGUGUGGAAUGAAUCUCACACAGAUCUGCCGUGUCGUCGAGGGCACAGAAGAUGCCGACCGCGAGUCGGUGUCGGCCCGGCUGUAG